UUGCUCUGAGAAGGCAGGAGUCUGCAGAGGUGACAGAAAGUUCAGAGGGGCAUAAAGAAGAAGAAACGGAAUUAGAAAAAACAGAGGACCUUCCUCCUCCUCAUUCUGCAGCUCCUGCAAGAGUCAGCAGCAGUUAUAUAAGCUUCCACAGUAGAUCUUGACCUUUUAAACAGAGUAUCUCUUACCAUCAUCAUCAUGGCCGAGAUUACAGCAGAAGGACAUAUGUCUACAACCACGACAAUAAUAGAUGGUAAGAACGAAUCUGUUCCUUCAUCAUCCAUGAAAGUGGGCAAGAAAUCUGUUACGGAGGACUUUGUGACAACGUUCAGCUCACCAGCAGUAUGGCUUCUUGUCGUUGCUCUGAUUGUUACCUGGUCAGCAGUAGCCAUUGUAAUGUUUGACUUGGUGGAUUACAAAGCCUUUGCAGCCACCUAUUCACAACAUUGUGAUGAUCCCUGUUUACCACCUGGAAGAUCUGUUCACAAGCUCAGCACAGAACCACUGAGAAUCAUUCAUGAGACACUGGAAGAAUCCACUGAUUGGCUUUAUGGCUUUUUUUCUUUACUGUCUGACCUCGUAUGGAGUGAUGAUGACGACAGUGAUGAAGGUGAAGUGGAACCUUCCCUGACAAAAGAAAUUCCCAAACAGAAGCUGGAGAGACAUGAAAAGCAAACACCACCAAAAGUAAUUCAGGGAGACAAACCUGAGAAACCAGAAAAAACUGAGAGGAAGGAACCCCCGAAGGUGACACAUAAAGACAAACUGGAAAGACAAGACAAACCUGAAAAAAAGGAAAAGCAUGCAGCUAUUCAGAAAGAGAAACCCGAAAAGCCAGAAAAGCAUGAAAAGAAAGCACCUUCUAAAGUAAUUCAAAAAGACAAACCUGAAAGACAUGAAAAAGCUGAAAAGAAACCUCCUCCCAAAGAGGAGAAGAAAGUAAAGAGCACUAAAGUGGAAUCAAAAGUUAAAAAGGACUUGAAGGAUGGAAAAGGAGAAGCAAAGAUAGCUGAGAAAGUCAAGCAGGCAGAGACUAAAACAACAGAAGUUGGGCUAAUAAAGGCCAAACCGAAGGUUAAGGAGGAGAAAGCUCUUCAGACUGUAACUAAAUCUGAAAAGAAAGAUCAAUAUGCAUUCUGUCGCUAUGUGAUUGACAUGUUUGCGCAAGGGGAUUUUUAUCCAGGACAUAAGGAAAUGGUACCACCUCGUCUUCUUCUAGAACAUAGUCCAAGAAAGAAACCAGCAACUAUUGAAGAGAGAAAAGAUGAAAAGAAAAAGACUGAUGUAAAGAGGGCUAUGACUGAAACUAAGAAGAAAGAAAAAGAAGGAAAAAAAGAGAAAGCUCAUGAGAAGACAGAUGUCCCUGAAAGUAAAAAAGCAGGCGAGCGGCUGCAGAGAGGAGCCUCCAACCCCGGAGUGAGGGGAAACCCCACGUCCCGGAGCCUCAGUUCUGAGCAGCGAGAGCCACCGAGGGAGCCUCGAGCCCUCGCCAGGCCUUGCCCAGGAGCCGCAGCUCUGCCGGGGCGAGCAGGGACUCACAGGGGCGGAGCCAGUGGGGACGGCCCCGCCCUGAGCGAGGAAAGCCCGCCGCAGGGAGCGCGGGAGCAGCGCGUGCCGUGCCGGUUGGCGCCGGCAGCGCGAGCUGGGUGGGGAGCGCUCGCCUCAUGCCCGGGGCCCGCUCUGGGAACUCCGCUCUGGGAACUCCGCUCUGGGAGCUCCGCUCUGGGAGCUCUGCUCUGGCUGCCCCGGCGGUGGCAGCGGCGGCACCAGAGAGAGCCGAUGAGAGGGGAGGGUGCAGCGCGGAGCACGGGGGCAGAAAGUGCCUGCAGCGGUCUGGUGAGGGGAGGGGUGCACAACGGGCGGGGCUGCACUCGGUGCUCCCUGCUGGAGGCCUUCCUGCAGCAGAGCAGGGGCUGA